AUGGACGACGAGAGCUUCAUGGACAUGUUGCGGUCGGGCGACGAAGAAGAUUACAUCUUCUCGCCCACGUCCUGCCUCUCUUCAUCGUCCUCUUCCUUCUACUCCUCCGCGAUGCUCUGUUUCGGUGUGAAGCAGGAAGAGACCGUGGCAGUAGUGCGCGGAGCUUCCCAGAAGUCAACCGACUCUUCGCUGUCCUCUCUCUCUUCUUCUCCACCUUCCACAAUCAUCACCCGCUCUCAGUCCCCCACCAAGGAAACUGCGAACAGAGGACGACGGAGAUUGCCGGCCAGUAGCACCAAGAAGCCCAAAACAGUGGCCUCUGCUGGUCCGUCAGGCACGAUCAUGGUAAGGAAGGAGAAGUUGGGGGAAAGAAUUAUGGCACUGCAGCAGCUGGUUUCACCCUUCGGCAAGUCAGAUACAGCAUCUGUUCUGCAUGAAGCUCAGGGAUACAUCAGAUUCCUGCAUGACCAAGUCCAGGUUCUGAGUUCUCCGUACCUGCAAGGCUUGCCAUCCUAUGCGCACCUGCACGGAGGAGGGAGAGGGAGUGACCUGCGAAGCCGGGGGCUAUGCUUGGUGCCGGUGUCGGAUACGGAGCACGUAGCCAGCAGCAACGACGCCGAUCUAUGGUCGCUGGCCGUCGGGAACAACAGAGGCUCCUCCGACGCCAAGCACUGAUUAGUAGGAGCUCGGAGUCAUUGGGUUCUGGCUCCUUUUGCUAUCGGCUUUUCUUUGAAGGGGACACAAAAACAGCCUCGGCUUUGCAAAUAUAUUUUUGUUAAAACACCAUUAAUAUCGUACAGAGGCGAGCUCGAGACAAAAGCAGAGCUUAUAAAGUUGUUUGUCUGCGAGUGGGUAUUAACUUGAAUUUACACAUGUUAAUACUCCCAAAAUUCUGUCGCUAUCUCUGUUUGCUUUUUGUAAUCUGGUGAAGAAAUUGCGGAAAAUUUGGCAUUUAAAAGUAAGACAAUAAUAUUUAUCAUAUAA